ACCCCCAGCCCCCCCAACUUAGGGCAUGGAGGAGGCCUGAGGACUCAGGGGUGUCCCAGGCCAGGGCUGCCUGUGGUCAGCCUGUUGCCAGGGGUGUCUUAUGACACCCUGGGCUGGUGGGAGGGGCAGGUGCCAGAGGGGGAAGCCAGGUUCAUUGAAGACAAAAUUUAAAGUAGGGAACCUGUUUGUAGGAACAGGAAGGGCCCCUCCAGGCUGCGUCCUUUGCUUUGCUUUUGGGAGAGACGCACCCCUCCGCCACCCCCAUGAGGAGGUCCCGGUGCCCUGUCCUGCGCUGGGCUUGCUCCAGGGGGUGGGCGGCCUCAGGUGGCGCCGGUGGGGCGUGGAGACAGCGCCACUGGGGAGGGGAGCGGGCCAUGUGGCUCCCCACCCGCAGGAGAGGCCGGGAGACCCCAGCGCCCCGCCCGGCUGGCGUCCCCGGUGUCGCGCCCCGCCCCGGCCCGCCCUCCUGGCCGGCCCAGGCCUCGGGAGCUAUUUUGAAAGUGACCCUGGGCUCGGGCGCGGCGGGCGGGAACCAUGACCGAAGAUGACCGAGGCGGCGCUGGUGGAGGGCCAGGUCAAGCUGCGGGACGGCAAGAAGUGGAAGAGUAGGUGGCUGGUGCUGCGCAAGCCGUCGCCGGUGGCAGACUGCCUGCUCAUGCUGGUCUACAAGGACAAGUCGGAGCGCGCCAAGGGCCUGCGGGAGCGCAGCAGCCUGACCCUGGAGGACAUCUGUGGCCUGGAGCCCGGCCUGCCGUACGAGGGCCUGGCCCACACACUGGCCAUCGUCUGCCUGUCCCAGGCCGUCAUGCUGGGCUUCGACAGCCGUGAGGCCAUGUGCGCCUGGGACGCCCGGAUCCGCUACGCACUCGGUGAGGUGCACAGGUUCCACGUGACGGUGGCGCCAGGCACCAAGCUGGAGAGUGGCCCGGCCACCCUGCACCUCUGCAAUGACGUCCUCGUCUUGGCCAGGGACGUCCCUCCGGCUGUCAUGGGGCAGUGGAAGCUGUCCGACCUCCGGCGCUACGGGGCCGUGCCAAACGGAUUCAUCUUUGAAGGCGGGACCAGGUGUGGGUACUGGGCCGGAGUCUUCUUCCUGUCCUCCGCCGAGGGGGAGCACAUCAGCUUCCUGUUCGACUGCAUCGUCCGAGGCAUCUCCCCCACCAAGGGCCCCUUUGGGCUGCGGCCGGUUCUCCCAGACCCGAGCCCCGGGGGGCCCUCGGCCUCGGAGGAGCGUGUGGCCCAGGAGGCCCUGGAAGCCCUGCAGCUGGAGAAGCGGCUCAGUCUCCUCCCGCCCGCGGGCCGGCCGGGCAGUGCAGGGGACGACCGCAGCGUGUCCAGCUCAUCCUCGGAGGCCAGCCACUCGGACGUCAGCGCCAGCAGUCGGCUCACUGCAUGGCCAGAGCAGUCCUCGUCCUCCGCCAGCAUGUCGCAGGAGGGGUCCGGGCUGGCGGCGGCCCAGGCCCCGGGGGAGGCUGCGUUGGGUGCCUUGAGGCCGCCCCCCAAGCCGCUUCGGCCGCGGCAGCUGCAGGAGGUCGGCCGCCAGAGCUCCUCGGACAGCGGCAUCGCCACGGGCAGCCACUCUUCCUACUCGGGCAGCUUCUCCUCCUACGCGGGCAGCAGCCUGGACGUGUGGCGCGCCGGCGACGAGUUCGGCUCGCUGCUCAGCCUGCCGCCAGCGGCCGGGGCGCCGGAGCCCGGACUGUGCGCCUGCCCUCCCGGGGCGGCUGAGUACCAGGUGCCCACGGCCCUGCGGCCCCACUACGACACGCCCCGCAGCCUGCGCCAGGCCCCCAGGGACCAGAGCCCGGCCGCGCAGGGUGGCCCUGACGACAGUGCGGCCGGGGACUCGGGCGGCCAGACGUCCGCCGGGUGUCCCUCCGGCUGGCUGAGUGCGAGACGGCAGGGACAGGCGACAGAGGGUGCCCCGGGCAGCGAGGCCUCACUGCCCAGCCCAGCCCCCGCGGAGCUCGGGGGAGCAGGCGGAACCCGCGCGGGGCCCCCUCCAGCUUUCUUUUCGGCAUGUCCGGUCUGUGGAGGACUCAAGGGAGCAGCUGCCUCACCCCCUGGACUGGAGAUGACACAUUCAGGAGCCCCGGGGCCGGUGGCUGCGGACAGCCCAGGGCCGGAGAGGCCGCACGGCGAGGGGCCUACCUACGCGAACAUCCCCGUCAGCCCCUCGUCCAGGAGGCAGCCGCACUACGUGGGCCUGGAGCUCCAGGAGGCCGGCUCGGGGAUCCGAGGGGCCGGCACCUCCCGCUACGCCCAGAUUGACAUCACAGCCACCGAGACGGCGCAGAGGGUCGGGGCCCAGCACGCACAGGCCCGGGAGGAGCGGCUGUCCGAGCUGGAGCAGAGGAGGAAGGGAGCUGCACAGUGACACCUGCCACGGCGGGACUGUCCAGGCUGGCCACGCCUGUUGUCCCGAGGGGCCGCAGUGGUGGGGGGUGCGGGCCAGGCGAGGCUCUGGGGCCCCUCAGCUCAUUCCAGCGGUGAGAGCCUUGCAGAGGGGCUUCUCUCCUCCUGCCCAGCCCCCGCCUUGCUGGUGCCCAGCUGACUCUUCCCUUGGCCUGAACCUGUCACUGUGGGCCUCAGGUUGCCCUCAAGGCCCUGCUCCCUGAUGUGCAUCUCAGUUUGGGAGCCCUGUUUCCACAGCCUGGGAUGCAAACUGCCCUCUCGCCCCGGAGGAGAUGACUGCACGAUGACAGCCGUGUCCUCGCAUAAUGCUCACCCCCAAACAGUGGCGGCACAGCCCCUGCCGUGGGAGGAGCCCGCGCCCCUGCCCACUGUCUGCACCCCUUCACCACCACCCUGCAGCGCCAUCUCCGCCACACUCCAGCGCACCCACCUCCUGGGCCACCCGCUGCCCUGUGCCCGGGAACAGCACCGCCAGGGAGCCCAGGCAGGACUGCCCGCACCUGCUGGCCACCAGCGCUGCUGAGUCUGAGCUUGGCCAACCGCAACACUUCUUGGGACCCGUUACAGG